AUGUUUUUUGGAAGUUACUUCAUUGGAUUCUUACCUCUAUUGGGCAACCUUGGUGAGGUAAGAUGUGUUUAAUGUUAAUCUUGAAAUUUAGGAUUGUAAGUUGCAUUAGAAAGCAUUAAUUUUUGACGUUUAGAGCAAAAUAAGGAUGGUUAGUGUGUUUGGAGCUGGGCUUUUGAUUGGUACAGCGUUCGUCGUUGUAAUACCUGAAGGAAUUGAUGCUGUUCAGCGACAUGUUGGUAAGUUACAUCUUUUCAUAAGAUUUCAGCUUUCUAUUUUGUUUUUUCAGUAAGUUAUAACUUAUAUUGUUUUAGAGACACCACACGAAAGUCUAGAUCAAGUUCUCGCCAAAGAAACGAAUGCAAACUCAGUGCCGUUGGACAAACCAACAUUAGAGAAGUCUAAACCGUGAGUUUUUAAUAUUUCUUGUUAAUUUAUUGUUUAGGCCACCACCAGACACAUUAAAAACGGGCAAAGAAGAACAUCAUGAUCACCAUGAGGAAAAUGGGAAAGUUAUAGGAUUUGUGAUAUUACUUGGAUUUCUUUUUAUGUUAAUAGUUGAUCAAGUAUCUAAGACUUCUUGUGGCGGUGGUAGGAGGAAGUUAUCGACUACUAUCGGCCUUUGUGUACAUGCUUUAGGUAAGUGACGCUAAAUAUUUGCGUUUUCCCAAUUUUUUUUGCUUUUUUAGCUAUAACUUUCUGAAUCUUUUAUAAAAUGUUAUAUUUUUAGCUGAUGGAGUGCUAAUGGGAAGCGCGUCAUCAACAUCAAAUAACGAAGUCCAGAUGGUCGUAUUCUUUGCCCUCAUAAUACACAAAGGACCGGCUGCGUUUGCCUUGACCAGUUUGUUGAUGUUGGAAAAGUUGGAACGACCGAGGAUAAAACGACAUUUGAUGAUAUUCUCGUUAUCCGCACCUCUAGGAGCAUAUAUGACGUAUUUCUUUUUGGCCGCAGUAAAAGAAGGAGCUAACUACAGCAGUAACUUGAGUGGGAUGUUCAUGUUGUUCUCGGCUGGGACAUUUUUAUAUGUAGCUGCUGCUCAUGUUCUUCCUGAGCUGGUAAGUGGGUUUGAUUAGUUAGAUGUUGGUUUUAAGGUAUUAAAAAAGGUAGAAGUUUGAAUGAAUGGUCAGGUUUUGGUGGUUUUUAGGUAUCAACAUCAUAUUUUUAAAAAAAUUCGGCUUAAAAACGUGGUAUAUUGCUCAUAAAGCGAAAGUAAAACAUUGUAAACAGAUUAUAAUAUGUUUUUAUGAUAAUUUUGAAUUAUUUCAAAACAGUUUUUACAUAAAUUAUUUUCAGGAGAGCUCGGAAAACCACCAUUCAUCCAGUGGCCAUCAACUUUUGAGCACAGGUCCUCAGGGUAUCUCCAUUAAGGAGCUAAUAGUCAUUCUAAUUGGAGCCUUCGCUCCUUGUAUAUUAUUCACACAUCACAAACAUUAA